CGUGGCAAACGCGUCCGGUUUCGAAAUUAGUCCGACUGUAGCGAACCACGCAAAGUCACGUGUGCUCCAUAAGCCUAGAAAAACAGAACAGAAAAACACUUCCAUCGGCGAUAUUGAAACAAAAAUCAAAAGCAUGUCAGAGGCUUUGAUAAAGCGAAUAAAGGAGCUUGAGGCGGACCUGGAGAAACUCAAGUCCCAGCUGCAGGAGGCGACUGAAGCUGGAGAUGACGUGGAGCUGAUGUCCAAUCCAUCCCCAAACCAAGACACACACUGCAAAUCUAAUUCCAGCACCACCACCACCACCAGCAGCAGCAAAAAGGGCAAGAAAGCAGGCAAAGCGCGUGCUUUCGACUUCUCUGCCAACCCCCGGCGCCACGUGGCUCUGCGGCUGGCCUACCUGGGAUGGUCCUACCAAGGGUUCGCGGUUCAGGAGAACACGGACAACACUGUGGAGGCCAGGCUCUUCGAAGCGCUGCUGAAGACGCGCUUGAUUCAGGAACGACAGACCUCCAACUACCACCGGUGUGGUCGCACUGAUAAAGGAGUCAGUGCUUUUUCCCAGGUCAUAACCAUUGAUUUGCGCUCCACGCAGUUUUGUGGCGGAUUGGGCGUCACGGUCCCCGAACAUGAUGUUGUUAGUGCCAAGAAUAAAGCCAAUGGCUGCGAGCUUCCGUAUGUGAAGAUGCUGAACAGAGUCCUGCCCCACGACAUCAGGGUCUUGGAUUGGGCCCCGGCAGCAGAGGGGUUCAGUGCACGCUUUGACUGCCAGUCGCGCACGUACCGCUACUACUUCCCCCGCGGGUCGUUGGACGUGACGUUGAUGGCGGAUGCUGCCAAAAGAUACGAAGGUACUUAUGACUUCCGCAACCUGUGCAAAAUGGAUGUGGGCAACGGAGUCCUGCAGUUUGAGAGGACCAUCUUGUCAGCAUCAGUCAAGCCUGUGCGGCCUCAGCUCGUCUCCGGCGUGGACCAGUAUGACCUCUUCAUGUUUGAGAUCAAAGGACUCGGCUUCCUUUACCACCAGGUACGAUGCAUGAUGGCCUUGCUUCUCCUGAUAGGGCAGAAACUGGAAGCACCGGAGAUAAUUAAUCAGCUCCUGGAUGUUCAGAGCAAUCCCAGGAAGCCCCAAUACAGCAUGGCAGUAGACUACCCGCUGGUGCUGCACGACUGCCACUUUGAAGGCUUGAGCUGGAAACAGGAGACCGAAGAGGUGACCCACGUCCUGGCCACACUACAGCAGCACUGGACUCAGAGCGCAGUCAGGACACACGUCCUGCAUGGGAUGAUCCAGAGUUUGGAGGCCAUAGGUGGAGUCUCUUCUAAUCAUUGCUUGCUAAUAGAAGGCAGCAGGCAAAGAAACUACCGGCCCCUGCUGGAGCGUCCAUGCUGCGAGAGCCUGGAGUCCAGAAUAAACCAUUUUGUCAAAAGAGGGAGGCUGGAGCGGGAGGAAGGGGAGAGUGGAGGCGAAAUGGUCCUCCGAGGGAAACGGUCAAAACAUUCACACAAUUCCCCCGGUCUGCCUGUGCCGUCUGAGAUGCCAUCUGCAAAUAAAAGUACUCAUCAGCAAGCAGAAAACUUGCUCACAGGAGAAUGAUCUUGGAAAAAAAUGUCAUUUUUUGUUGAUGCUGAAGUUUUUAUGAUUUUUUUUGAGACAAAGCAAUGGAUUUACCUUUUUUAUCCAAAAAACAAACAAAACUGUUUAUAUUUUAAGCCGUGCAACUCUGUUUUGCUGUGAAAUAAACACGUUUUGGAGAAA